GAUUCAUCUUUAUUACCUCAGUGUUCAGUAAAGUAAACAGUCAUCGUGGUGGUGCCUCCUCACCUGAUAAUUUCACAUUUUUCUCGUAAUUAUGGCGUUAGAGGCCAUUAAUGGCGUGUCCAGGUACCACAGUAAGUUAGAUGAUCUGGGGGAAGAAAUGGUCAUCCCAGAAAUAGGAAAUUUGAAGAAUCAGUAUCAACUCUGUACACCAGAUCUACCUAAGUCUGAGUGCCAGAUUGGAGAGUUUCUGAUAGAUGAGACUGGUCGUAAAAUCAAGCUCAACUAUGCUCAUGGCACCACUACUCUAGGCUUCAAGUUUAAUGGUGGGGUUGUCAUGGCUGUUGACUCCAGAGCCACAUCUGGACAGUACAUAGGAUCUGGUAAUGUGAAGAAGAUAAUUGAGAUCAACCCAUAUCUUCUGGGAACAAUGGCAGGGGGUGCUGCUGACUGCACGUACUGGGAACGUGUUCUUGCCAAGCAAUGUCGUAUAUAUGAACUGAGGAACCGGGAACGUAUCUCAGUAGCUGCUGCCUCCAAGUUAUUAGCCAACAUGGUGUAUCAGUACAAGGGCUAUGGGCUGUCCAUGGGUGUCAUGAUUGCUGGUUGGGACAAGAAGGGUCCUGGUCUGUACUAUGUUGAUAAUAAUGGAAACCGCAUGCCAGGCAAUGUCUUCAGUGUUGGCUCUGGCUCUAUUUAUGCUUACGGUGUAUUAGACUCAGGUUAUCGCUCUGAUAUGUCUGAUACAGAGGCACAAGAAUUGGGCCGCCGAGCCAUAUACCAUGCCACCCAUCGUGAUGCUUACUCUGGUGGUGUUGUUCGUGUUUAUCACAUCAAAGAAGAUGGUUGGACCAAAAUCACUGAGGAGGACAGCAAGGAUCUACAUUAUAAAUAUGCAGAGGAGAAAACAAAAAGAUCUCAGUAAAUGUUAGGGGCAUAUUAUACAUUAUCUGAUUUGGUAGCCAUUAUGAAUAAUCUAGAACUGUUACUGUAUAUGUAAUAGAUUUGAUGGCUGAUGGAUUAAUUAAAUUUGUGAACAGUAUCCUUAAACAUCAUUAUGAUAAAACUAGCUUGGAGUUCAGUUAUUUAGUUAUUAAUAUUUGUUCAGCAAUGAUGGUAUAAUUUCUUUGCACUAAGGUAUGUUUGCUCUGAAGACAAUUUUUAAUAAAGAUAAAUAUAAAUA